AUGGAACAAAAACAAUAUGUUGAUACAAUCAUCAAGGUUGAAACAGCCCUGCCCAAAACUAACAAGGACAAACAGAGCCAACAUCGCAUCGAGCAAGCAGAAGAUGAUGAACUUGACUACUCAAAACAAGCCCAAUGGCUUCGAACCAUGGUCCUAGAGACCAACGACGGACUUAUUUCUACUGCAUCACUCAUGAUAGGUGUGGGUGUGAUCAAUAAACAUCAUGUAAAGGACGUAAUCAUCCUUUGCGGAUUAGCAGGUAUCCUUGUUGGGGCUUUUAUCACAGCUGUGGGUGAGUUUUUCUCUGUUAUUAGCCCAAGGAUGGAGAUUCAGAAAGGGUUAGUGCAUCCUCUACAUGUUGCAAUAUCCUUAGCCCUUGCCUUUUCGAUUGGCGGCAUGAUACCGCUAAUUGUGGUAGGUUUGUUUAUCAAGGGUUAUAUUGUUAGGCUUGGAGCUGUUCCAGGGGCAUUGAGUGUGGGAUUGGCGGUGUUCGGGUGGUUAGGGGCAUUUUUGGGUGGUGCGUCUUGGUUUAGAGCUGGUCUCAGGGUUUUAUUGUUUUCUUGGGUGGCCAUGACUAUUACACUUGGUUUAGUUGUUCCUCAAUGGUAA